AUGACUGCUGGUAUGAGCAGCCUCAAAAAUUCGCCACUUAAACCUACUUACAACAAAGCUCUGAAAAGAUUGAGUAGACAGCUGUCAUGGGAUGGGAGCAGCGGUCACCAAUUCAUGUUGGAUUGUCCAGCAACAGAAGACUCUAUCACAACUUUUGAAGAAGAGGCAUCUUUGACAACAAGUACUUCUACUGGUACAGCCUCAUCUACAGAUUCAUUGACGUCUGCUUAUUCAUUCAAACAUAAUUAUUUUCCAUCUGCUGCAAACAAUCCAUCAGUUUCCCGUCAAAGUUCUAUAAAUAGUGUAUCUAGUGGAUAUAUAGCAGAACUGGAAGAUUCUGUCAAUGACCCUCUAUCACGGUCGCCCAGUCUAUUUGAAAGUGAUCAAGAUGAUAGUAAAGAUAUUCUGACAUUAGAAAAUGUCUUUGAUCGAGUGUUAACAUGGGAUAAUGACCCUGGCAGUCAAAGUGGCUCUCCUCAAGAUUCUUUUAACACAAAUGAAGUGGAUAAUAAAAUGAAAUCUGUGUUUUCGGAUAGUGAUAUUUCAUCUGUUUCAAUCCAACAUAAGGAUUUAAUUUUACCUGAUGAGGACUCUACUGGUAUCUCCUUUUCUAAAUAUUCAUUAAAUAAAUCUACUAAAAGUGAUUCAAGUGUUCGAUUUUCAACAGAAUCAUCAGCAUACUCUGACACUUCUGACUCUAUUUAUAAUAAACAACAUUCUGUCAGUUUACCAAACAUUGCCUCUGCCAGUGCUGCAGGAAUGUCACCAAUUUAUCCAGGAUUUUCACCUCCAUUAUCAACUUUCACCAGUCAAGAAAGAGUAAAUUACGGAAAUUUUGCCAUGAUGAAUCCAAUGAUACAGCAUGUUCCCUCAGCUGCUGAAAGUGUUUUGUUGAGUUUGGGAUUUGGUGAUUCUGGUCGGUGUCUGCCUCAACGCUUUAUGAGCAGUUGGUAUGAAAAGUUGGCAAAGGCCCAAGCUGAGCAACAAGAAUUUCUCAAGUGUCAACAACUAAAAAAAACUUGUUUUUCAAAUGUUAAUUUACAUAAUUCAAAGACCAGUGAGGUAUCCAAAGACACACCUCAAUCAAAAGUGUCCUUAAAAUCCAAUGAGAAACCAAUAUUGAGAUAUCCAACAGUUUCAAAGUUAAAUCUAAAGACCAAGUUACCAUGUGCUGAAAGUAAAUGUAAAUCUAGUGUCAAGGAUACACGUUUGGCCAGAUUACGUGAAUAUGUAGAGUCACAUGCUGGUCUGUUAAAGCUUGGAUUAGGAGGAGUGAAUCACAAACGUAAAAUCUUCAGUGACAGCAGACAACAAUCUCUACCAAUCAAUUUGGAAACUUUGAAUGAGGAAGAGGAGAUCAAUCUUCAAAGAGAAAAGCUGGAAGUGAAUCAAAAAUCCUUAUUGAAAGAUUUUCUGAAAGAGGAGGGACUAUCAGAUUCUUGCACAUCUUUCUCUGAUAGUGAUUUCAGUUAUGAUAGUAAGAAACAGGACCAGAAAAUUGAACUAGAUAAAGUAUAUGUCCAUGAAGUCCAUCAUGUUCCUAAAGAAGAAAAUGAUAAUAAACAAACAGUUGUUGCAUCAGAAAUGUCCAAAACCGGAAAGAAAUCAAACAUUUCCAGUGAUAGUCUUGAGGUAGCUAAUAUCAUGAAGCCUACUCAGAUUGAACCAGCCAUGGUGUCUAUCAUAUUGCAAGAUGUGGACGGUAACAUCCAGAUGACCAGUCCAGUUACAGUAGAUCAACCAGAUCCUUCACUGUUACACAUUCCAAUGUCACCAUCAAUCUCUUCACCUAUACCACAAUCACCUGUCACUGUGAUUGAGGUGGGUCUGGACAACCAGCUUGACAGUCUGGAUAUUGAUGAUGCUACACCAAGAUUGAAUGAGUUGAAUGACCAGCAGGAGGAAGAACCAGAACUAGAUGAUCUUGUGGAUCAUCUCUCCGAUGAGGCACUAGAUGCUGAAUGUGCAUCUUUACAACUUUCUACUUCACCCGAAGACUCUCCUUCUCCCUUGCCUUCACCAUUAAACAUUUCUCCUCAUUUAUUUGAAGAUGCUGGAUCUUCUCCAACAGCAUAUGAGGACUCUUCAUCUGGUAUUCAAGCAGACGAUGGUUCUUUAACUCCCUUAGAAAAAAUACAAGACUGUGAAUUACAUUUGGAAGUGAUUCAAGAUUUGGGGGAUGAGUUUUAUCUAGUUAAAGAAGGUAGAGUUCAGUGUGUAAAUGUUGGAUGUCAAUAUGAACCCCAACCAAGUGAUCGUAUUAAAUAUCCAUUGUUCAGGAAUAAGUUACUGGCUGUUGGAUCUUCAGACUCAGAUUCACUGAUUUCUGAUGGCCAAAAUUCAUCCCCACUACUGACUGUAAGCCAAAGAUGUUCUGUAUCACCUCCAAUCCAUCUGCAUACAACCAGAAACAGCUUUUUUAUUAAAGGAGUUAAACAUGCAUUGUCUGAUUCAGAAAUACAUAAAUCAUUUUCAGAAAAGAAGCAAACAAUUUUAGGGUAUCCUGCUUUAAUUUUGACAAAUGAGAAUGGUGAGGAUAAUGACCUUGAUCCCGAUUCAGACACAACAUUCAAUAAUCAUUUUAAACCUAUAGAUAGUUCAGUGGAUAGUUCAAUAGGAUCUGAUGAUGACCAAUAUUUGAUAACAAAACCACGUCCAAGACGAUGCAGUCGUCAUAAACGAUCUUUAAUGUACAGUGAUACAAAAGAAUCAGAUUUUUCUAACAGUGAUGAUAGUGUUUUCAUUCAGCCUAAAAAUAGAAAACUUUACAAGUGUAAUUCUGUGGAACAGGAAUGUCAGACUGACCAAAAAUACUUUCCAGACAGUUCAUCUUCAUCAUCACCUUCUCCUCGCAGCAGAUAUGAUCAAGAUAUUCAAAUGGAUAGAUGCAGCAUAUCUAGCUUAGUAGAUCAGUGUACACAAACCAUACAGGAAGUAUCAGAAACAUCCAGAACAACCGAGUGUAAAGAAAUACAAACCGAUACGAAUGUGAAAUCUACCCAAUGUGUACAAACACAUGGACUUGUUCGAACAGCUGAGGCAUUCUGCCAAACACCACUGCCACCUCCAUUACAGUCUAAAGAGUCUCAAACAGAUGAUGAAAGUAACUUUUUUGUCCAAAAAGGAUUAAAUGAAGACAUUCAAACAAGAUUUACUUCAACUGCAAACUUCACAUUGAGAACCCAAUUUGAUGCAUCAUCACCAGUACCUAAUGGGAAUGGUGCUUGUUUACUUCAUCAAAAUUCUUUUACCACAGUCUCAUCUUCUGAAUGUUCAAGUUUUUCUGAGAUAUCAUCUGAAAAUGGUUCAACUGAUUCCUCCCAACAACAUUAUGAAGAUCCUGAAAGUCCACUGUUCCCUAGAAAAAGUUGGACACAGCAAAUUGAAACUGAAAUGCCACAAAAUGAUGAAUACUAUGACAUUUUUAAAACGAUUGUUGAAGAAACAUAUAACAGUCCUAAAGAGCAGUCUGAAUGUUUGAAUUCAAGGUAUCUAGACAAUCAGUCGGAUAUUCAGUGUGUUAAUGCAUCAACAAGUUCUAAUACAGAAUCAUCAAGUAGCUUUAGGAACUCAAUGAUUGGUGAUGUAGCAGACACACAAUGUAGUUUCAGACAUACUUACACUGGGUCAUCUGAUUCUGAAGCUCCAUGCAUGAAUCAAUGUUGGUCUACCAACUGCUCAAUGAAAAGUUUCAGCAACCAUAUUGAUAGUAUGAUUCCAGACCUCCCAUAUAGGAAUCAAAAUGGGUCUUCUGACUUUUCAGUGAAUAGCUUUAUAAAUCAUAUUGAUAGUCCAAUUUCUGAACUCCCAUAUAUGAAUCAAAAUGGAUGUUGUGGGAUCAAGCUUGAAAACGAACAUAACAGAAUUUCUGAAACACUAGACGAGAGAGACAGUGGGUCUGCUGAAAUACAGCUGAGAACUUCCACGGCUGGUUCUCAGGAGGCUUUAGAACCAUCCUCUCUCAAUACUGGUAACAGUGAGUCUUUUAACAGAUCCUGUCAACAAUAUGAAUCUGAUAUUGGUGUAAUUGAAAUAAUUGGUUCAGAUGGUCAUAUGGAUGAUAAAGUUCAGAUGACAUCAAAGAUUUUUGUGGAUCCUAUUCACAAUAGGUCGUCUAAAUCAUCUUUUAGAAGUUCAAGAAAGCAUGCUGACAGUGGGUUUUAUGAGACUCCAUGUAAUAGCUCUGAUGACUUAAUGAGCAAAAGGGUUCCCAAUGUUUCCCAUGGAACCAGGUUAACUGAAACCAGAGGUUGUAAUUCUGAGAACCGAUUUGACAAGAAAGUUACAGGAACUGUAGACAUAUCAGAGGUCCAACUUAGCAUUUCUGAUAGCCAAAUUGUAAACAGGGUUUCUAAAGCUUCUCAAGUCUCUGAAGAUCAAGCAAUUAGUAUGAGUAAAUCCUUAAUCUAUGAAACUAGUAAACAAACUACCAAAAAUCUUUAUGAGACUCCAUCUUUUGUGUCUAAGCAUCAAUCCAAAACUACCACUGGGAACACAAAAGAAAAUGAUUUCGAGAACAAAUCACUCCCCAAUCAAUAUAGGGUAUCAGACACACCAUAUAAACUUUCACGAGGUCCAAUUCAGUACAAAGACUCUGAUAUACCUUAUAGAGGCCAUAUGUACCAUAUUGAAAACCAGGUGUCUCAAAGUAGACACUCUAAAGAUAACAUUAAUAUUUGGGUGUCUGAAGCACCAUAUAUAAUACGCCCUGAACCAAAUUCUUUGUUGGAACAAUUAAAACGAAGUUGUCCAAGUAGGAGAAGGUCAUAUCGAAGGAAAAGUGUCAAAGCAUUAGCUUCUUUAUUCGAUAAUAAACAAUAA